GUAUUAGUGAGCUUAAGCAAGUGACGUUUUUGACAACACGAACGGCAUGAGUAACGUCAGAAGACUGGGUCAAGGGUUGUGAUUGGUGAAAAACGUCAAUUUUACUUCCGGUCGACGUCCGUGUUGUCAAAAACGUCACUUGCUUAAGCUCACUAUUAUCUACUCUGUGCUGCCGUCUUUGAUAUUUUCAAAAAUACAAGAUGGCUCUCAACAUAGAUGAGGUUCUAAACUCAUUAUAUGAUGAAACUUAUGAAGAAGACUUGGACAGACGUUUGGCGAUGUCGGAUAGCGAUGCAAGGCAAGUAUUUACAUGUUUUUAGCGAACAGAUGUUGUCAUGUCAUGGUCGAAGGAUUAAAUUUACAUUCGACGCAACCGCGAACUUUGACGCACAUUUGCCAUAAGAAUUUGGUCUAUAAUCUAAGAUCUGAUCCGAAAUAUAACAAAUAUACAAAUAACCGAUCUAAUAAGGCAUUUAUUUGAGAGUUCUAUCAUUUAUAUUGAGACAAAAAUCAAAUGUUUGAACCGAUAUCAAAAUUGUGUGAACGCCAUGUUGCACACAUGGCAUAAGUGGGCAUUUAAAAAUUUAAUUUAUGCAUUUUUGUUUAUAUGAAGUCACAGGCGGCCCAAUCUCGCAAGGGUCAGUAUAGACUUAUAGUAUAAAUGUAUAUUAUAUUAAUGUAUAUUAUAGUAAAAAUAUGUCGUAAAAUAUAAAUUUUAAAAUGAAAUUGACUUGCCUAUUUGAUAGUGUGUGUUCUCCUUUUAUUCCUCCUUUGUUGGACUAAUAUUUUCCGAGACUUUGUACUCGAUGUUACUAGUAUACAUGAAACAUGAUAAAGGCUAACGAUUCCCGAUCGUCGAUACGACGGCACGGCACUUCGAAUCGAAAAUUCUCACACUCAAAUCGCUUUAUUCUCAAAAAAAUUCGUCAGUAUGUACAACAAAUGCCGUUUUUAUAAAAUACAGAGGUAUUUCGGCGAGAUGUACAAGUUUUGGACCAUAUUUUAACAAUGAAAAUCAAAACCCAUUUUAUAUUGAACUUACCCGGACCGAAAAUUACUAUGGCGAACGUCUGCGCAACCAGGCCUCCUUUACCGUUGGAUUUACAGGGGGGAAGCAGAUAUUUCCGCUAACAGCCAGCCAAUCGCGGCCGCGUAGCGACUGUUUACAUUAUUUGAAAUUUGAUAUUCAAAAUAAAAACUCCUUCGAUCGGAUACUGUAUAAAACUCGAGAUGUUGUCGAAGAAAAGAAAAUUAAACGACGGAAAUUGAAGAAAUUUAAGGAAGAAGUAAUAUACAGCGGCUCUUUGUUGGAAAGUAUCGUAGAAUAUGAUACUUUAAUUCGAAAUAUUAUCGUGAACAUAUUAGUGGCAUCCUCCCCCCUGUAAAUCCAACGGUAAAGGAGGCCUGGUUGCCCAGACGUUCGCCGUAGUAAUUUUCGGUUUCGGGUAAUGGGUUUUGAUUUCCAUUGUUAAAAUAUGGUCCAAAACUCGAAGUGCCGUGCCGUCGUAUCGACGAUCGGGAAUCGUUAGCCUUUAUCAUGUUUCAUGUAUACUAGUAACAUCGAGUACAGAGUCUCGGAAAACAUUAGUCCAACAAAGGAGGAAUAAAAGGAGAACACACACUAUCAAAUAGGCAAGUCAAUUUCAUUUUAAAAUUUAUAUUUUACGACAUAUUUUUACUAUAAUAUACAUUAAUAUAAUAUACAUUUAUACUAUAAGUCUAUACUGACCCUUGCGAGAUUGGGCCGCCUGUGAUGAAGUAAGAUAAUACCAUGUAUCAGUAUGUUUAUAGUAUUUUAUUUUUCUAUAGUGAUGGAGAACCUGUUGAUGAAGAAGAUGAUGAUUUUGAAGUAGAAGACGAGGAUCCGGAUUGGGAGGAGGAUGGUGAUUUAGGGGAGGGUAGUGGUGGAAGGGGCCGAUCCCCAAUUAGGAGACGGGAUGACUCCCCUAAUGGUACUUCUGGCGAUAGAGGAAGGGGUAGUAGGGCCAGGGGCAGUAGGGCCAGUAGGGCCAGGGGUAGUAGGGCCAGGGGUGGCAGGGGCAGGGGUGGAAGGGCUAGGGAUACCGGGGCCAACAAUAGUAGUAAUAAAUCUUACGAUGACCCAGACAUUAAGAAUACCCUCCCUCCCUUUCAACCAAGUCGGCCGCCAGGAAUUUAUUUUGAUAGGCAUGUCUUGCGGGGAGGAAUGACAACUGAAUUAAAAUUUUUUCGUCUCUUCUUCACCACCGAGAUGAUAAAAUCAGUUGUUGCCCACACCAACAGCUACGCAUACAUGAGACUUGUAGCUGGGGGGUUCACUUCAUACACCACUGGGGAAGGGGCCUGGCAAACAACUACUGAAGAUGAAAUAAAUCAUUUGAUAGCCCUUUUGAUUUAUUCUGGUCUGGUACAUAUAGACACAGCAGUUGAAAAGUAUUGGAGCACGAAGACACUUUACCACGGUCUCUGGGCGAGGAAAAUACUUUCCCGUAGGCGUUACAAAGCCAUUAUGGCAUUCUUGCAUGUGGUAGACCCCGUCGAAGAGGUUGCUAGCAAUAAACUGUGCAAGGUUGAGGAGUUUCUGGCAUCUUUCAAAGAGCGAUGCCGUAUGUUAUACCAACCGUACCAGAAUAUUGCUGUAGAUGAACGCAUGGUUAAGUCUAAACAUAAGUCAGGGAUUAGGCAAUACAUGAAAAAUAAGCCUACAAAAUGGGGGAUAAAGCUCUGGGUAUUGGCAGAUAGUUCCAAUGGGUAUACAAUUGAUUUCAAUGUUUACAUAGGUAAGUCCCAGCAUGAAGCACCGUCGCAGAAUGGCCUUGGUUAUGAUGUGGUUAUGAAGUUGGUGAAUCCAUAUUUGGGGCAAGGGUAUCAUGUAUAUUUUGAUAAUUUUUUCUCAUCCCCUAAGUUAGUCCAAGAUUUGUUCAUGAAUGGGACCCCAUCAUCAGGCACAUGUAAAACUAACAGGGAGGGCUUCCCUAAAUCCCUGAAGGAUGUGAAGGUUUGGGCGAAGAAGUUGAAGCGAGGUAGCAUGCGAUGGGCAAGGGAAUCGAAUGUGUUAAUCCUGCAAUGGGUUGAUAACAGGCCUGUUUCCUUGAUCACAUCAAUUGAUUCCGCAAAUGAGAAAAAGAGUGUGGAGAGAAGGACGAAAACGAGAGGAGUGUUUGAAAAGGUAAAUGUAAGCCAGCCCUAUGCAUUUCAUAGAUAUAACCAAUACAUGAACGCAGUAGAUAGGUCAGAUCAAAUGCUUGCAUGCCAUAAUGUAAAUCGUAAAUGCUAUCGAUGGUGGAAGACAUUAUUCUACCACUUAAUCGAUAUGGCAAUUGUUAAUAGUUUUCUUCUUUUUAAAAACCAUCGUAGCAGUGACCCGGGUAAUCCGGCAUUGCAUCGAAGGUCCACAUAUAGUAUUGUUGAUUAUAGGGAAGAGCUGGUUAGGCAGCUUUGUGGGUUAGCAGAGUAUGAUAGACCUCCUGUGAAUGAGCAAGUGCAGGCUGUUCCUCCCCAUGACCAGUUUUGUACUGCCCAUUUAGCUACAACGGCAGAGAAUGGUGUAAGAAGGAAUUGCGUUGUUUGUUACGCGGAAGGUCGAGGGCAGAAAAAAGUCACUACUUAUUGUAGUGCCCCUCAGUGCAAUAGGCACAUGCAUGUUGGUGGUGAGCAUGAUUGUUUUGUAGUAUGGCAUAGUAGGGAUUACACUGGUAAGAGGUCAUGAGUAUUUCUGCAUUUGGUAUUUUGCGUGGACUGAAACAUGUCCAACAUCAAAUUUGUCAAACGAAUGAAAUUUGUAUCAUAUUUUCCCAUUGUGAUUACAGGUCAUUCAUUAUUUGACAUACAUUCCAUUUUUUAAUAACAUUUUCCUUACUAUUUGUGUUACAUUCAUGUAUAUUCAAUGUAAUUAUCAUUAAUUAUUUGCUUUAUUAUUA